AUGGCUGACAACCAAAGUUCGAACGACACGGGAAGCGUUUCAUUCGGUAGCGCCGAAAUUUCUCUGCCACGUGCUGCUCGCUUUUGGAUUCUUCUUCUAUUCGAUAUCCCAUCCACCAUCUGUGCAUUUUUCGUUCUCUUCUGUAUUCUAUUUGAUCAAAAAUUACGCUCUGCCGUAAAGAACCAUAUCCUAAUAAUUUUACUAAUUUUUGGACUGGCUGCUCAAUUAAUUGAUGUUCCUUUCUAUCUUAAUUUUAUCAUACAUUCGGGUGUUGUUCCAGCGCAGCAUUGGACCUGUCUUUUAUGGUGGUCUGUCGAUAUUGGUAUGUACAAUGGAGGAAUCAUACUUAUGGUAUGGGUCGCUCUGGAGCGACAUAUUAUCAUAUUUCAUGAUCAAUGGCUUUUAACAAGAAAACGACGCAUUUUCGUACAUUACAUACCAUUACUUUUUAUACUUUUGUAUAUUUUCAUUUUCUAUAUUUAUAAUAUUUAUUAUUUUCCUUGCGAAAAUGCAUACGAUUAUACACUACCAUACUGCAGUACAUCUCCAUGCUUUCAAAAUGACCCAUUUAUGGGCGAAUGGGAUUGGAUUGUCAAUACUACUCUGCCAUCAUUCCUCGAACCAGUUUUCAGCGUCGCUUUUGUUUUUCGAGUCAUCUGGCAUAAAUACCAUGCUCAGUUACCAAUACAGUGGCGCAAGCAGAGAAAGAUGGCAAUUCAGCUCAUGUCCCUCUCAUUUCUUAACUUGAUUUCGAACUUUCCACUUGGUAUUAUUGGCAUGGCACAUUUAGUUGGUUUGCCACAAGAUGUUGGAGUCAAUGCCGAACAUUAUUUCUUUUUUCUUUGCUAUUUCGUCAUUUUCUUUUUCCCUUUCAUCUGUCUUGCAUCGAUAAGUAGCGUAUACAGCAAAUUCCAAGCAAAAAUGCUUCGUCGUCGUCGACGACAACGACAAAUUCAAGCAUUUUCGUUGACGGUCAAACCUGCGGAGUUCAGAAUGAAUAUGACCAUGCAACAGUAA